CACACUGCUCGGCCAUAAAUCAAAUACUGUGCGUCACCCUAACAACCGAAUGUAAACAAUGCAAAAGUUUGGACUCGCUUGCCCGUUGGCAUUCCUUGGCAGCAAGCCGCAGCGAAUUAAGACAAGUUUAUUGGAUUUAAAUUAUGACUGCUAUGUCCAUAUAUUUUCGUAUCUAACUGCACUCGAAGACAAAUUAAAUCUGGCCCGAGCACAUUCGCAAUUCUGCGAAGUUUUCGCACGCGAUGCGCCUCGUCGUUUUGUUAAAAUAAAUAUGCGUAUGUUGAAAUGCCUUUCCGAUUGGGACUAUCUUUUGAAAUUAUGCGGCGAUUGUGUCCUUGAGUGCGAGCUGCGUCAUGGACGCUGGGACAAUAAUAUCACUCAGCCGUUCAUGUGCCUCCUGAACACGCACUGCAAGAAUUUACGGCAUUUGCAUCUGAUAUUCGCGCACUCCGAUCUAAAACCGCCGGCGGAAGGGGAUCUAAAUAUUUUACAAGUGCUUGAACGGAAGAAUCUGCAUAGUCUAAGCCUGAUCGAUGCGAAGGCAGCUGAUGUUCUACAGCUACAUAAUUUCAAUGAACUGGAGGCUUUACAUAUUGAUGGAUUCGACACUGAGUUGACAGAUGAGGAUAUUAUAAAACAGUUUAAGGCUUUGUCAGGAUUGCGCCGACUUUCGCUACGUUUCGUUUCGCGGCGACAGUUGCCGCCCUUAGCAGCACACUGCCCGCUGCUGGAGCAUCUGUCGCUUGAGAACUUUGAAGGCACGCUUGAGGAUGUGGGUGACUUUCCUAGACUAAGAUCUCUUCGCUUGCUUUGGCGUUUGGCUAUACGCGUGAAUAGUCAGCUAUUUCGAUCGUUGGCAAAUCGUUAUGCGAACCGCUUAGAGCAGCUUCAGCUAACGAAAGUCAAUCCGGAUCAAGCAGAGCAUAUAGUAAUGCUUCACAGUCUCAAAGCACUCACCUGCCAUAUGUGGCCAAGUACAACACUCUUACGCCUAAGCAAAUUGCAACAACUUGAGUGUUUGGCCUUGCAGUGUAGUGAACCGCCCGCUAGCAUGAUGCAGCUGGUGGACAUAAUUGCCAAAUGCACAAAGCUGCAGCACUUGAAGCUGGGCAAACACUGGAAGCUAGAGGAAUGGAAUAGUUUUCUAAGCGCCUUACAAGAGGAGAUGCGCCAACAGGCAUCGAUUGGAGCCCGUGGGCAGCUGAUGUUGACGCUGGAGCUAUCAAUUUCGAAAGCAACACAAAACCAGUUAAUUGAAACUAUAAAUUCGCAAUUGUUGAAAUUGGAUUGGCUUGGCACUGCUUGCUCGCUGUGUACUCCCGAUCGCCAUACGAAGCCAACAAUUCCAGGCUUAUAUUGGCUCUGAAAAACUUACCUCGCAAUGCGUCUGCUCGAUGGCCACAGCUACCCGCAGGAUCCAAUCAUUAUAAGGCAAAUUAUGCUCUUUGAAAU